GUACCAACAAGAAGGUAUAAAUUGGUUGGCUUUCUUGAAACGAUUCAAGCUUCAUGGAAUAUUAUGUGAUGACAUGGGGCUUGGUAAAACACUUCAAGCAUCAGCUAUUGUGGCUUCUGAUGUAGUAGAGCAUUGUACUUCAAAUAGCAGUGAAGGUCUUUCAUCAUCUUUAAUUAUUUGCCCAUCAACCCUUGUUGGACACUGGGCAUUUGAGAUAGAGAAGUAUAUCGAUGUUUCAAUAAUAUCUUCUCUGCAAUAUGUUGGUUCUGCUCAAGACCGCAUUUCUCUUAGAGAACAUUUUGAUAAGCAUAAUGUAAUCAUAACCUCAUAUGAUGUUGUUCGUAAAGACAUUGAUUAUCUCGGAAAGAUUCUCUGGAAUUAUUGUAUCUUAGACGAAGGGCAUAUCAUCAAGAACGCAAAAUCUAAAAUCACACACGCAGUGAAGCAAUUGAAAGCUCAGCACCGCUUGAUACUGAGUGGAACGCCCAUCCAGAAUAACGUUAUGGAUUUGUGGUCCCUUUUUGAUUUUCUAAUGCCGGGGUUUCUUGGAACUGAGAGACAG